AAAACAAUGGUUUUUAUGUAAACAUUGUUUUUGUUUUGUUUUGUUUUUUUUUGUUUUUUUUGGUUAUUAAUCGCACAGUCAUUAUCUGCCACUUAAACUAAAUUUGUUUUAAACAAAUAGGUGUUAAUUAUUAUUAUUAUUAUUAGAUGAUAUCAGUUGAUCCAUAUAUAUAUAUAUAUACAGUAUAGUCAACCGUACCAUUGAUGAAGAAUUAGUGGAUCAAUCAUAUAUAUAUGCUGAAGAAAAAUUGAUUGAUUGAUUGUCACAUUUUUAUUGAUCCACUUUUUUGUUUGUUAACUUAACAACAAAAAAAACGGGAUUUUUUUUAGUGGACACAAACAUUAUGGCGGACAUCGUUACCAUCAAUAAUAAUGAUACCAAUCAUACGGUGAUAACCAAUGCUAGCAUUCAUUGGUGUAAAAGGAUUUUAUACGAAGACAUUGCAAAUUCGAGACUUCGCUAUUGGGAUGCAAUCAUAUUAGUACCGAACGUCCUGUUUAUGGCAUUUCUUUUGCUUCGACUGAAGACUACCAAACAAAAGCUACGACAGACAACUUCGCCAAUAUUUGCCACAUUUUAUCUACUCGUUUGGAUCAAUGUCAUCACAAGUCUGUUGCGAUGUAUUAUCUCAAUGCUAAUCAAUGUUACCUCACCUGCCGGUGAUAUUACCGAUAAAGUAUUCUGGGUUAUCGUUCGGUUCUUUCUAUUGUCAACCGAAACAUCAGUACUGGUGUUUGGCUUAGCCUUUGGCCAUCUGGACUCACAGACAUCCAUCCGACGGGUACUGUUGGUUACGUCGUUCAUAUCUCUGGCCUACAGUAUAUGUCAGGGAUGUCUGGAGAUUAUAUCACCCGAUGAAUCGUUUUAUAUUGAAGAACAAGAAUACUAUCUGUUCAGUCACGGAGGAAUGAUAUUCUGGUUUUGUACGUGUCUUAUAUUUGCCAUCGUCUAUAUUGCAGUGUUUCUGUUACCGUGGACUCCAUGCCGACAGCGGAUACCACUUCCGAGCAAACAAUCGUUUUAUAUCUAUACGUUGAUACUGUCGAUACUGAAUCUGAUCCAAGCCAUCGGUAGUUCAUUGUUCUUCAAUGGACACAUAGCCGGCCUAUGUAUGGUCGACGUCACUACUUAUAUCUAUUUCACAUUAUUCACACCAUUGGUCUUCUGGACGUUUUUGGCUCAGUUCUUCUCUCAGCGACAAUCGGUGAUAAUGUUCUCAUAUAAGCCGCAAUUGGACGACAAUAUCGACGAGACGGCCAACGAUAGCAACGGUAUCGGCGGCAAUGAUGUCUACGAUGAUGAUGGAUGUCGUCAUCAAUUACCUCAUCAGUUGUCGUGUUCGUCGCUAAGAACCGAUUCAGACUUUGUCUAUCAGCGGAGUAAUAAUAAUAAUAAUAAUAGUGAUAACAGUCGGCUGUAUGAGAGCACUCAGUUUACGACGUCAAGUACCAGUUCAUCGGUGGUCACACACGCCGACGGAUAGCAACAACAAAAUCACAGUCCAAGCAAAAUGAUAACACAUUUUUGAAAAUUAAAUUAUUUUUUUGUUUGUUUGUUUCGAUUCAAAUGUAUAUAUAAUUUAUAUAAAUUUUUUG